CCCACCUACCACUCACCAUGGACAUGCGCGCCCUAUCCCGCAGCCUCCUCCGGGCGAAGCCAACCACGACCCUCUACAAGAUCCAGCAGCAGCAACAGCUCCUCCCAGCACGAAUUGGCCUACGCUUCUCUUCUGAAUCCUCCUCCUCUUCUUCUCCAUCCAACACCAAGACCAACACCACCACAACUACACAACCUCCGACCCGCCAAACACAACAACCCUCCUCAACCUCCACACCAACCCAAAAACCCACCGACUUCGACCAAAUCCUCAACAAGCUCAACUUCAACAACACCCCCACCACUCCCACAACCAGCAAUGCAGCGGCGGCAGCUACCCCCGGCAGCACCACCCGCGCCUUCAACGACAGCCUCUCCCUCUCGCGCGCGGUAGGUCUCUCCGCCGAGACAGACGGCCUGCGGACGGCUACAUCCCUGCGCAAGAUCGAUCUGAAGCUGGGCCCGACGCUGGGAAGACAGGUGACGGUUGAGCCGGAGCGCGGGAUGGAUUUGCCUGCGGCGUUGAGGUCGCUGAGCACGGUUAUCGGUCAGAAUAAGAUGAAGCAGUCGUUGAUGAAGCAGAAGUAUCAUGUGCGGAAGGGUAUGGUGAGGAAGCAGCUCAGGAUGCAGAGGUGGAGGAAGUUGUUCAAGUUUUCGUUUCAGGCGACGGUUAAGAGGAUUCAGAAGAUUCGGGGGCAGGGGUGGUAGGUUUAUUCAAUCCUGCGGAGGGGGAUGGAUGAUUGGGGGUGUGUGUGUAUAGAGGGAUAUGUAUGAUGGGGGGAGUGGGUAAAAGGGUUAUUUUGUGUACUAUAUUGUUGUAGUGUUGUAUUUUCGUUGUGUCUUGUUUUGUCUUGCUAUGUGUGUUGAAUCUACAUGAGAUACUAUACUGGUAGUAUAUCUGCAUCUGUUUGUAUCUCCAUCUAUCAAUAAUCAUCCACAUCAAUCAUACAUUCAAUCAGUC